AUGAGCGAUCUCAACCGCCCGCUGAUUGCGGGCGGGAAGAGUAGCACACUCGCCGUCAGCAUGCCAGCGCUGAGCCAGGUGGAGGCGAUCAAGCCUAAUAUCAAAGGCGGUGCGCUUGCCGCUACGCACGACACGCUGCCCACCGGCAGACGGCGAGGCCUGAUCCCGCGGAUCUUUUCGAUGCGUCAGACCAUAGACGGCGAACUCGAGGUCUACGCUCACAUCGUCACUCACGCUCACCUCAGAGCCACCGGCGGCGCGGGGAUGAUGAGCCAGCACUCGCUUGGCUCCUUCUUCGGAGGAAACAAGGCAUCGGUUGGAUCCACCGCGUCGGUUGACAGAGAGGCGUCGGGCCAGAUGGGGAACACGACCGCCAUGCUCACCUUGCUCAAGGCGAUGAUCGGCCCGAUGCUUCUCUUUGUGCCGAGCAUGUACAAGCAGGCGCCGCGGGCAGCGCCUCCCCACCGCCGCCCUGUCGCGCUCCGAGCAGGCAUGUUCCAGCUGCUCGAGUGCCACGACGCGGUCCUCCGCGGCCAGAGGCUCAGCAGCGUGAGCAAGGGCGCCUUUGCGGAGAUCGGCCGGCAGGCGGCGGGCGCGGCAGGGUACGUCAUCGUCGACUCGUGCCUCGUCGCCUCGCAGUUCCUGUUCUGCGUCUCGUACCCGAUCUUCAUCGCCACCAACACGCGCGCCGUCCUCGAGUCGCUCCUCCCGCUGCCGCCCUCCGUCACCUUCCUCACGCUCGUCCAGCUGCCUGUCCUCGUGCCGUACUGCUGGGCGAGCCGGCAGUAG